AAAAAAUGAAAAAUGAAACUGUAAAUGAAUGAGACAGAUACAGAUAGACAUUGUACAUUACAGCGUAUAAAAGCAAGGCCACAUAACAAGGGAAACCCUGUUUUUGCCUCGCCUUCUAAUAAAGUGGAUCUUUCUUUUUUCUUCUCUUUCGUUCUUUCAAAGGCUUUUUUUUCUUCUUUAAUAUUUUCUCAAGAGAAAUUUGGCUCCUGUCUUAGUGUUUUGUUGUUGUCUCCUUGAGAUGGCGAGAAACGGAGCCGUUACGUGGCGGAGGAGGACGGAGAAGAUUGAAAGCUUUGAUCUUUCACCUUCUGAUACCGAGGAAGUUCAUGUCCUUGCCGUUGAUGACAGCCACGUUGAUCGUAAAGUCAUUGAAAGGUUGCUCAGAAUUUCCUCAUGUAAAGUUACGGCAGUGGAUAGUGGAAGGAGAGCUUUGCAAUUCCUGGGAUUGGAUGAGGAGAAAGAAAGUAAUGGUCUUGACGGUUUAAAGGUUGAUCUGAUUAUCACCGAUUAUUGCAUGCCUGGAAUGACCGGCUACGAAUUGCUGAAAAAAAUUAAGGAAUCUUCUGCUUUUAGAGAAAUCCCAGUUGUAAUCAUGUCAUCUGAGAAUGUUUUAGCUCGAAUUGACAGAUGCUUAGAGGAAGGAGCAGAGGAUUUUAUAGUGAAACCUGUGAAAUUGUCUGAUGUUAAACGUAUAAAAGAUUAUAUGACGAGAGAUUUCAGAGUGGGAGAAAGAGAAAGAGGAAGAGGAAUCAACAAGAGAAAGUUAAGAGACAGCUGUGAUCUCUCCUUAUCACCGCCGUCCAUUUUGUCAUCAUCAUCUCCAUCAUCACAGUCACAAUCCCCAUCCCUAUCACCUUCAAUUCUAUCGGCAACAGCACCAUGUUCUCCCUCAUCACUAGAUUCUCCCACCAGACGUCUCAAAAUGACAAGCUCAGAAUAGAAAAGUUUUUAGAAAGCAAAGCGCUACCCCUGCAAUCAAUCAAGCCUUUCUAUUUUGUCGUCUUGCAUAUUUUUGUACUAUUUUUGUUAAUUUAUAAUGGAACAAAAUCCAGUUACAAAUCCUAAUUCUGAUUAAACUAAUCUUUUUUUUGUUCGCAUAUGAAGCCUCUUCGGAUGGGUUUGGGUUUUGAGUUUGAAAAAAAUGAUGCGAAUAUGAUAUGAAUUGAUUGGAUGGGAAGAGGGGCAUGAUCUUGUUGUCUGCUAGAAGGAGCUGGGAAUAUUUGGCAGGGGAUAAGACUGUGGCAUGGGAGAGUGUUGGCGGUGUUGUUCCCUGAAGAAGGGGCUAGGUAGGGAUGGAUAACUGCCACUGUUGUCUGGCUGUCUCUCUUUUGAUUUGCAUUAUAUGCUUGGCUGUCAAAGGCAGAUUAGUCCCCACCCCCCAGUUACUUCCCCACAGCUAUUGGGCAUUGCUGAUCCUGGAUAUAGAUCUUCGGACCCUACAAUUUGAGUUCAUACAACUUUAGCACGGGAGAGAGGGGCUGCAUUUGUCCUGGAUCCACGUAAGGUUAAAAGAGAGGAGGAUCCAGGAUUAAUUUAAUUGGUCUAAAAGUGCGUCUUUAGUCUCAAAGUCGUGAUCUCAAGGAUUUGAUUUCAUGGUAAUUAACACGGAAUCUUGAUAUGCUUUAACUACAAUCACAAA